CCGGCCCUUUAAGACGCAGCAGCGGGUCAGCAAGUAGUGUAGUGUUUCUCUAAUUGAACUUCGCCCAAUCAACAAUAACUCGUUAGCAGUCGCUUUCUUUUUCUCUCUGCCUGUGAAAGCUUUCUUGCCUUGCAGGGUUUCACCCCCUCCAGCCGGUUACUUCCAAAAGAUCUACAUGGAACUUGGCAGAGGAACUGGGACUCUGAAGGGAAUAUAGUCCGGCUGCCUUUACAACUACGCCCGAAGCAUGGUUAUUUUGGAGGAAGGCUCUUACACGAGCUAAGUUGCAGCAUUCGUUUCAAAAUAUUGUGGAGGUCUACGAGAGCACCAGAGGUAAACUUGUGGACGCUUAAAUCUGCCAUUUGAAUGAAAUAAUCAACUUUCCUGAAAGCAGCACUUCUUCGGGACUGCGAUGACCUCCAGUAAAGACAUGAAAGCAGGUUCUGUGUUGCAGUCCGGCGGCGAGGAGAGGAGGCGGGCUCCAUUGGACCAGCUGCCGCCGCCGGCCAACUCCAACAAACCGUUAACGCCUUUCAGUAUUGAGGAUAUCCUUAACAAACCCUCCGUGAAGAAGUCGGUCGCAAGUAUCUGUCCGCCCAGAGUGCUUGAAAAAGUGACGGGCUCCAACUCAGCGAGGAACGGGAUCACCACUCCGUCCUCGCCGCUGUGCGCGCUGGAGGAGCUGGCCAGCAAAACGUUUAAGGGUCUGGAAGUCAGCGUUAUCCAGGCAGCGGAAGGUCGUGAGCAUGUAAAUGCUUUUGGACAGAGGCAGACGUCUAAGAAGAGGAGAAAGUCGCGGACAGCCUUCACGAACCACCAGAUUUACGAAUUGGAGAAGAGGUUUUUGUACCAGAAGUACCUUUCUCCGGCCGACCGUGACCAAAUCGCGCAGCAGUUGGGACUCUCCAACGCGCAGGUCAUCACCUGGUUUCAGAAUCGCAGAGCUAAACUCAAGAGGGAUCUGGAGGAGAUGAAAGCAGAUGUCGAGUCGCUCAAGAAAAUCACCCCACAGACCCUGCAGAAGCUUGUCACCAUGGACAACAUUGAGGACGCCCAGAGUGGGGGCCCCGGGGCCAGAUCGCCCAGUAUCUCCCCGACUUCUCAAGGACACCGGGCCUUCCCACAGUCCCCCUCCUCGUCAAGAGACCAAACCACGGAUGAAUUCUCGGAGGAUGACGAGGAAAUCGAGGUGGACGAUUGACAGUCAGGGGGGUCUGUGAUUCAUAAGCAGCAACAACAACAAAAUUUCAAAAGGGGACAUUUUUCUUGCCAAACUUUUGCACGGAUAUUGACAAGAGGAGAAUACACACAUAUAUAAACAUUUCGGGAAAGUUUUUCCUCCCCCAUUUUUCUUUUCCUCUUCAUGUUAAUUUAUUAUUGGAACUUGUAAAGCCUUCCGGGUCUGUCAUUUAAGUUUCACCACAAAAAAAUCUGAGGAAUCCCUGCUAUUCUUUCAGACAGACCAAAUUGUUAUGGUACAGGAAGACUGAUAAUUGUAUAGACUAAACAUUUAAGUAUACAUUUUAUUAUUUCGUGAUUCAAGGGGGUGGAAAAGUUGUGCAAUUAUUUUUGCCAUUUAUUCGCCUUUUUUAAUAAAAUUAAUCGGACGUGACAAAUAUUUAAAUCACACCCCCUAUGAUUUUUUUAAGCAAAUAAACCCCAACUUGUAGGUUCAUCCUACCUUAAGAAUAGACUUAUUUUUUUGUCCUGAGAGAAAGGUGUGUCUGCAAGCUUGGAGGCCUAUUCGCAGCGCAAAGAAGGCGUCCAUCGCUAUCGACUGCAAACUUUUACACGCUCUGAAUUCUGUAUAUAGAUCAAACAUCCUAUGCGAUAAUUUUAUUGUAACAUUCUAUUUAAUCAGCAUCUAUGUAAAUAAAGGUUAUAUGGUAUUU